AUGCAAGAUAAAGAAGCCACACUUAAUUUAUCAUCUAACAAAUUCUCAAGUCGACAUAGUAGGCAGUUUUCUUGCUCCCCCGCUGCAAAUUGAUCAGCAAAAACACCGAGACACCAUAAAAGCCGCACGAUUUCUCAUAAUACACCGACAAAUCAGUUCUCGUUCAACUUGCAGAAUUCACUGUUGCACAUACUGCAAAAGCAAAAUACAGGAAAAUUUAUAAGCCCGAACCCCAGAAGUCAUUCUACUGAGCCGCCUACAGAUGAGUCGAGCCAGGAACGCAUAAAUGUGUCAACUCAGUGUGAUGAGCUAAUUUCAAGAGAUUUUGAAAAUACUGGGAAAUGUAUCUUAAACCGAGUUAAAUUAUGAUGGGUAUAGCUUGUUUUUUACUAUAGCUUUCUAUAGGGAGCAGAGAGACGAAACAGCCCUGAGAGUUGACUCAUGAAACCAAGCUGAUAACUCAAUUCAUAAAACUUAUUUGGAAUUUUGAUAGUUGGCUCAUCAACCUGAAUUCACAAGGUAACUCUAAGGGUUUCUCUGUAUCCCUGCUCCCUAUGGAGAGCUAUAACAGGGAGCGAGCUAUAAGUUUAGUUUAUUGCGAUAACUAUUUUAAAAUAUUUCAUCAAAUUUUUUGAGUAAUGCUAAUUUCUUAUAGUUAUGAACGUAAAUUUAAUAUGCAAAAUAAUACAAUUAUUAAAGGAAAACAAUAAUAACAUACCGAAUCAAAUAAAAUUAAAAGACAAAAAGCUUCCUACGAUGAAAUUCAAAAUUCCAGAGAGAUUUACAGAAAAUUCAAGAUCUAAAGAAAAAAAGCCGAAAUAUAUUAGACCGAAAAUAUCAGUUGAAAUCCGACACCUAGAAGCCUUUACUUUCCUACCUACAUGAGUGAGCAAACUAUUGGAAAAAUCUAAAUUUUUAGGGAAAAGCCCUCCUCUAUUAAGAAAAAUUUUUAUAAAAAAAUAUUUUUGAUAUUUAAGUGAUAAUAAUAAUUAUCAUGAAAAAAUCUCAAACUGACUAUAUAAGCUUAAGUAGAUUUAAAACUUAAAUAAUUUUUUAAAAUAUAUAAAACAUUAUAUAUUAAAUUUUAAAAAAAAUCAACCCUCUCCUCUAGUGAGGAGGAUAGUUAGUAGAUGCUAAAAUCUUAAGAGGCGAACAAGCAUUUAUGGAUGAUAAGUUGCCUCCUAUAAAACUUCCUGAAGAAAAGCCAAUCCAAGAGCACGCCCCAAAACAUCAGCGAGCACUAACUACAAGAGAAAAUACUAAUGACCCAAAAAUAGUGUCUUCCACUACCCAAUAUCAUCAUGAUGGUAUCAGAAAGCUUCAAUCAAGAUGCAAAAACUACGCCAAAAAGCCUGCUCGAUUCCUCCCAAUUGAAGAAAUCGAGAACCAGAUCGGAAUAAACAAAGAUUUUUCCUUUAAGCCUCAUCAGAAUAUCAGCCUUGACAUGAAACUUCUGAGGGAAACCGACGAAAUAAUUACACAAAAAAAGCUCGAAAUGGACAAAAUCGCGAGAAUUUAUGAAGCUGGCCUAAAGAAAAACAGCAUUUUAAAAAAUUCCAAAAAUUUCGGGGAGACUUGGAAUUGGAGUUCACCUGAGGAAAGUCCUUACACCAAUAAAAUUGUCAGCUUUGACACGUCGAUAGCUUCAUAA